GCAGUGACAUUGGUAGGAUUAUUGUUUCGGGGUAUGACACUAGCCUCCCUCUUGAUGAUGUCGAGAGUGCGUUGAAAAACCACUUCGCUUCAUGUGGAGAGAUCACGGAUUUGCAUCUUCCCAUGAACUAUUUUACGAAGAUUCUCGGAAGUUUUGCUUAUAUAUAUCUUGUGGGAGAAGGCGCAGUCGAUAAGGCCUUGCAACUUGACGGAAGUGACGUGGGAGGAUGGAAUGUCUCUGUUAAGCCUUUUCCGUUUCCCGAAACUGCAAAAGAUAAGGUUCUGGUAAGAGUUGAAGGACUUGACACUUCCCUUAGUAAGAUUGAUAUCCAGAACGCUCUGAAUAAUCUGUGGUCUUCAUAUGGAGAGGUCCUUAUCCUCAACAUUUUCAACGUCGAGGGCUAUGCUGUAGCUUUAAUUGACGGAAAAAACAUUGCAGAUAAGGCGCAUGAACUUAAUGGGAUCGACAUGGGAGGACGCAAAUUAGCUGUUUGUGUGCUUUCUGUACCGAGAAUACACACUAUCCACGCACGCCGCCGCUACCUACCACCUCGUGCUCUCCCAGAUUCCGAUAGCUCUACCUUUGAUGAAGAAGACUUUCCAUCACAAUGCAGAAGUGAAAGCUCCAAGACCCCAGAUCAACCUCCUGAGAAGAAAAGGAGGUCAAAGGAGGAACAGCAAACAGCUGACCGAGAUGGUGUCAUUGUUGAACAAAUAGUCUGCGGUGACCCCUUUGGCAAGGAGGCUAGUGUUGGUAAAUGGGUUUUUGUCUAUAUCACUGCAAGGCUUAAGGAGAGUGGGGAAGUUUUCUGUUCCAAUGAUGGAAGAAAACCUUCUAAGAUUCGUCUAGGUCAUAGACAUGUCAUUGAAGCAGUGGAUAUUGGCAUUAUUGGCAUGCGUGUUGGUGAGCAAAGAAGGCUUACAAUUCCUCCAGCAUUGGGGUAA